CUCAGGAGUUUGUACAGAGAUCUUCAAAAGAGAGUGUGUGAUCUUCCAGAAACCAGUCUACUGCUUUGUUCAUCUGAGCAUUCAGGAGUUUCUGGCUGCAGUCUACAUGUUCCACUGUUUCACCAACUGGAAGACGGAGGUGCUGAAUGAGUUCCUGGGAAAAAACUAUGUGAAAUUAUCUUUGGAUGAUUUCCUUAAACGAGUCAUGGAGAAAUCCCUCCAGAGUAAAAACGGUCGUCUGGACCUGUUUGUUCGCUUCCUUCAUGGCCUCUGUCUGAAGUCCAACCAGAGACUCUUAGAAGGUCUGCUGGGUCAGACAGAGAGCAGUCCAGGAAUCAUCCAGAGAGUCAUCGAGAACCUGAAGAAGAUGAACAGUGAUAAAAUCUCUCCUGACAGAAGCAUCAACAUCUUCCACUGUCUGAUGGAGAUGAACGACCUCUCAGUACAUCAGGAGAUCCAAAAGUUCCUGAAUUCAAGGAACAGAUCUGAAAAGGAACUCUCUGAGAUCCACUGCUCAGCUCUGGCCUUCAUGCUGCAGAUGUCAGAGGAGGUUCUGGAUGAGUUGGACCUGAAGAAGUACAACACAACAGAGGACGGACGACUGAGACUGAUUCCAGCUGUGAGGAACUGCAGAAAGGCUCGGUGUUAUGGUUCUUUCAUAAAUGUCACCAAUGCACAGCCUCCUCCCUCCAACUCUUCCAUAGACUCUAAUGUUAAAAUGGCUCAGAAGAAGAGCUUGGCGGACCCUGCGCCAGACCUGGCAGACCCUGCGCCAGACCUGGCAGUGCCGGAGAUGAUGCUGUGUGGAGGGGACCGCGAGUUCGAGUUACUUUUCGGGGAAGAGCGGAGGCUGAUAACCAAGGGAAGCUUCGAACGGGGACAAACCAGUUGA